AUGCCCCUGUCCUUUACUCCUGUAACUCUGCAGGCUACACUUGCAUUUCUCUCCUCCUCUCUUUCCUCCCUAACCACCAUGGUUAUGAGUUCAUCUCCCCCUCCUUCCCCUUUAUCCUACCAUACUGUGCCAUCCAACCCUAUGGUGUCAUCCCAAGAUAACCUUCAACUUGUCAGCUCUGAAAAGAAUGCGAUUUUGGAUGAGAACCUCUUGCACAAGACAGGCAGGGGGUUGCUCUUGAUCAUUACCUCUGUCCCCCAGGACAAAGGUAAAGGCAAGCAUAAGGAUAUGUAUGCAUUGGAAGUGGUUGCUGGCAAGGGCAGCUUGUCAAAGAUUAUGGAUCAGGCUGUGCUCAAGGAGGCGCUUGUCAACAUCAUUGAGCAUGUGCAGAUCAAGGCAGGGGGGGAAGUCCUUGUGAAUGGGUACUCUCUUGUUGACUGGCUGAGGCAUGGAGGUCUGCCCAAGGCAGCACUGCAAGAUCUGGCACUAGUUGAUGAGAAUGAUGAGGACAUCCCUGUAGCCAUCCCCACUGCCGUCCCCACUCCCAUCCCCACUGUCAAACCCAUGGCCAAACCCACCCCCACUGCAGUCCCAACCAAAUGUCCUUGUCUUCUGGGUUCAGCCCUCACUGGCCCUAUGGUUGAGGGACUUGAAGUCAAAUGCACACCUCCUCAUGAUCUUGGUAAGCUACGUGAAGAAGAGUUUCAGAAGGAGCUCAACCACAUCAUGCUGCCUGCCUUCAUGAUAGGGAGGUUGCUCAAGGAGGUUGAUAUUGCACUGGAAGAGGAAUGGAGUGAGGCCAAGGUUCAUGUCUGUCAUUUGGCCCAACACAAUGAGGUGUGGACCUCGCAUGUGGAAAUGGGCAGGAAGUAUCAGCAGGAGUUGUACAACACUAGCCAGUCCCAGUCCCAGUCUGCUGCCCCUGCACCCCAGCCUUCUGACACUGCCCCCAAGACUGACACCCAGCCUGCUGCGGGACCAUAUGGGAGUCAGCCUGCCAUUGACCCCAGUAGCAGCCACAAGCACAAGCUGAAGCCCCUUUAA